AGACGAGCGCCGCGCAGUGCAUCCUGGGUCGGCGUAGUCAUGGCCGCUCGUGUCCUUUCCACCUGUGUCCGCCGGCUGCCUGCGGCCUUCGCGCCUCUGCCCCGGGUCCCCACCCGGGCCGUGGCCCGGACGCUCAGCACCUUCUUGUGUUCCGGGGGGCCCGGGCCCGCGCAGCCAGCGUCGGUGCUCUUGCAGGUUCCAAACAGAGUCUCCCAGCUGUGCCGCCGGCAGUACAGCCACGAGCCCCCUCUGACGUUAGAAGGAAUCAAGGACCGUGUUCUCUAUGUCUUGAAACUCUAUGACAAGAUCAACCCAGAGAAGCUCUCAGUAAAUUCCCACUUCAUGAAAGACCUGGGCCUAGACAGUUUGGACCAAGUGGAGAUCAUCAUGGCCAUGGAGGACGAAUUUGGGUUUGAAAUUCCUGACAUAGAUGCAGAAAAGUUGAUGUGUCCACAAGAAAUCGUAGAUUACAUUGCAGAUAAGAAGGAUGUUUAUGAAUAAACUAUCAGAUCCUGUCUCUUCACUGAGAGGACCAGGAAGAGCCCAGCAAGUGUCUGCGAGUGAGAACAUUAUGGCAUCGUCACUGACUUUGACAGAGUAAUGCUGUCUCGACAUGUAUUUAAAUCAUCUAGGUGUUUUUGCCUUUUGAAAAUAAAUCUGUAAGAUAGA